AUGCUGUGUCAUAACGCUGGUCUGCUUGAUACUCCCCCUCACGACCACCAACGGCGACUGACCAACAUUGCUCAGAUUGAGAACCAGCUCCAUAUCAACGAUAUCAUGCGUGGGCCCGUGAAACCUCCUAAAAAACAAACCAAGCGUCUUCGCCAGGCAAAGCAGAAGUCGGUGACAUUUACAGGGUGCUGGACCUGUAGGUCUCGGAAGGUCAAAUGCGAUGAGCGUCAACAAAAUGGAUGUGGAGUCUGCCAGAAAUCCGGCCUGGAAUGCGCCGGCUACGGUGUGAAUCUGUGCUGGAUGACAGAUAAGAAGCGGGAUCUUCAUGGUUUGCGACGCAGACAGAUCCGACUAGAACAAUCCACCACUCCAAGCAUCUCGGAGGACGAGAUCAACCGAAUCAUAUCCUCCCUCGACUCAAUUUCAACACCAUCGCGUACCGUCACUAUAGGGCCCUUUGCAAUAUUCUCCAAAUGGGAACAUGGCGACAAUGAAUUUGCAGAACCCCACGCUUCAUUAGGAAAUAGUCAUCAGACCCAGGACUGGAGCUCUGAGAUCAUUCCUAGUGAGUUGGACCCCGAGCUGUCCAGUGAACUGUUUAAAACAAUUCCGGAUGAUACUGUCAUUCCAGAUACAGAUAUACAUGAAAUAGAUUUCUCCCCAAACUGGGGGUCAUUGUUAGCCCAUGUACCAAAUUCGCCAAGGUUAUCAUACUCGAGAAAAAAGUCGCCUAAAAUGCAUCCAUCACCACACAUCGAGCUAUCAGCGCCUCUAUUCAAAGAUUCCAACACGUCCAUGCUUAUGUAUCACUACAAAAAUCAUGUCGCCGAGCUCCUACAGCCAGUCUUCCACCCGAGGAACCCUUGGCGAACAACAUAUCUCCCAUUCGCUCUCGAGGGAUGCCAUGAUUUAUGUCUUGUUCAAAAUACAGGGUCCACGUCGGGUGUCUCAAUCUCACUAUUUCACAGUAUAUUAUCAUCGGCAGCAUUCCACCUCCGGAAUGUCAUGGGCGGCUCGAGAGAAUAUCACAAUCUUGGUCUCCAGCAUCGAGCCAAAGCUUUACGGGCACUCAAGUUUGCACUCGUAGCACCCAAAGACUCCCGGCAAUAUACUAUGUACCUGACGGCAAUGCUCUCCUUAGUCACGAUCGAUACCAUGACGGGCGAAGAUUCAGAUUUCCCAAUCCAUCUCAAGGGUUGUCGCCAGCUGCAAAGACCAAAUGUCUCCGAGGUGGUCGAUGACUCCAGCCGGCAGAUCAGCAGUAUUUGCCAUUUUCUAAGUCUCCUGGCUCGAACGACAGCACAUGAGCUAGAACCUAGACCCUUGACAACAGAAGGUCCAUUCUUUGAGGAGCCUUACUUUUAUGAUGAUGAUACCAACAUCCAAUACAUGUAUGGGAUUACCCCAUAUCUGGGAAAUCUGCUACAAAGGACCUGUCAGCUAGCCGAAUAUCUAGCCUUCUACCAGGAUGUUGAAAUGCCAACACUUCUGCUAGAGGCAUGUUCAUCAUUGCACCACGAAAUCUUUUCAUGGCAUAUAGAUUUCGAGUCUUUCGAUCUCAUUGCGUUAGAGGACCCGACGAUGCUAGAGGUAAUACGUUACCAAGCCCUAGCAUUUCAUAGCGCGAUCGUGAUUUUCUAUUAUCAAGCAAUCGAGAACUCCAAUCCGGUGGAUCUCCAGCAGCGAGUAGGAGCCAUCUGGACGAACCUUUCGCUUGCCGAAGAUCUCAAAGACGCAUACUCAUACGGCGAAAAGCGCGCAGCUCCCAUGUCCUGGCCUGCAUUCAUUGCUGCAUGUGAGGCAACCGAUCGACGGCCUUGGGUUGAAUGGUGGGAGCGAGUGCAGGGGUACUCAAUGGGCAAUUUCAAGAGGCAAUGGAAAGUUAUACAGGAAAUCUGGAGCAUCAUGAAUUUAGACGAGAAUGUAGUUAACUGGAGGGAUGCUCUUAAACAAUCCGGCAAAUUGGUUUUGCCGAUUUGA